AUGGCUUUAGCUAGUUUACCAGACUUAACGGCGUAUCCAAGGUCAACUACUGGCUCAAUUCCGCCGCCUUUAGUUGGACCUUCAAUGACUAUUGUUAACGACCAGCUAUACUUGAUUGGUGGUAGAAAGGUCACUGAGCGUGUUAUGACGAACAACGUCUAUAAACUCGAUCUACACACUUUACGCUGGAAUCUCAUCCAAUUCGAUGAUAGCUCUCAAAUUCCUUCUGAAAGAUACUUCCACUCUGUAGACCUUUGGAACGAUAACUUGGUUCUCUUUGGUGGUAUGGCAUACAAGGAUAAUGACGAAUUGGCUGUCCUUGAUGACGUUUUCUUCCUUAACCUCAAAUCUCUUUCUUGGAUUAAAAUUGACACCUCUCUCUCCCCUUCUUACACUAAAUCAAAUGGCCCUAUGCCGAGAUACGCACACCUCAGCUCCAUCUCAGGCGAUUGCUUGAUUAUAGCUGGUGGUCAAGGUAAAGACAACCAGUACAUUCAAGAAAUUGCCAUUUUAGACUUACGCUCCACUCAAUGGCUUCACACUAGAGCUUACGAUCACCAAUGCGGCUCUUAUCGCUCUGUGGCUGUCUCUUCUCCGCAACGCGUCGUCUCCCCUGAUCCUUCUACUAUUAGGGUUGGCGGUGAAAUUCUCCAUCUCCUCCCUUACACUGAUAAUUGCUCUGAAUUCGAUCCUUCAGAUGUUUACAUAUACUCCAACUACAACUUUCAAGAUUUAAAGAGACAGUUAGAAGUUCUUGAAGCUCCAUCAAAUACUGAAUUCUCGGUAGCUGAUCAUUCUGGCCUUAUGAGAGGUGCCUCCCUCCCUCCUGGUUUGAGAUUUCCAACUGGUAGUAUAUUAGGCAAUCAUUUGGUUAUUUCUGGUACUUACCUCGCAAAUACCUCACAAACCUUCUCCAUCUGGGCUCUCGAUUUGUCCUCUUUUGUUUGGCAGCGUAUCGACCCAGGUGCUCAUUUAUCCAGUGGUUCUUGGAACAAAGGUACUCUAUGGCGCGAUACCAAUAGAUAUGUCGUCAUGGGUAAUCGUGAUAGAAGUCUUGUGAAUGAUUAUAACCACCGUCAGCAAAAUUUCGAUCACGUUUCCUUCGUUGAGUUGGAAGCCUUCGGUAUAUAUCAACCUCCACCAGUUACUUUAAGUUUGGACGCCCAACUACUCGGAUUACAGUCACUAGUGGAUGAAAGCUUAGCUGACUUUGAUUUAAUUCCUGAAGGUACCAAUGAGGCUGACAGGGAAAAGUAUAGAUUCCCAUGCAGCUCAAGAAUACUUGAAGCUCGUUGGCCAUGGUUUAGAGCGAGAAAGUUGGCAUACAAUCAGCAACUUCAUGCACAGAAUCCAUCCUCAGUUGCAGAGCAAAGAUUAUUGUCAAAAACUUUGACUAUUCCUGAAUCACCUACUGUCGUUAAAGCUCUACUAGAAUGGUUUUACACAUCUGCUUUGGUUACACCACUUCAACUAGCACAGCCCGUCUUAGCUUCUUUGUUGGGAUUCUCUAGAACAUACGGCUUAGAGCCACUUGAAAGGAAUGUGAAGCAUGCGAUGCAUGUGGAAUUAGAACCAGCAACAGCUGUGCAAAUACAUGAAGCUGCCACACUAUGUGGAGCUAGAAUGUUGCAAAUACGUGCACUUAAAAUGGUCAUGUCGAGCAAUAAGAGAACUGCACAACAGCCUUUCAAUACGACAGGUGGACCAGGUAGCGGAGAUGACAGUGAGACUCGCUUUGCUCAAUUUGGAACAAAUACCGGACCUGGAUUGGGUAGUGCAUCUCAACUUCACACUUCAAAUUCAACGUCUCAAUUUACUAGCAAUGCUAAUCAGUACGGUCGUCAAAGAAGCUAUGAUGUUGAAGAUGGUCAGGAGGACCCAUCAAUUCAUCUUGCCAAUAUGCUAUCCAAGUUUGCUACAGUGGAUGAAGCUAAUUACACUGCUGAAGGUGUGGCUAAACAGCCGCACGCAGUGGAAAGACCAACGUCACCAAACGCAGAUCCAAAGCGAGUUUCGAGAAUAAUCAAUCUACCAAGCGUGAUGAAUUUGCACGAUGUAGCCAACGGUGGAAUGGAACACAAUGUAGUGGAGAAUCCACCAGAAGUGCCAGCACGGCCAUCCCUAUCACCACCGACAGUGACCACUAACCAGACAAUAAGAAACAGGAGACAAGGUGCGAUGUUGACGCCGAAUGAUUACUCAUUGCGUAACAACCAAAAACCGAUCCCACAGUCAGCAAUUCCUUCACCUCAAGCAUCAAUUCCGUCGCCACAUUCAAUGUCACCUCCACUCACAUCGCCUAUGGUAUCGAGAGUUGGAUCUGUGGGAUCUGUGGGAUCCGUUAACAAAGCAAGGACAUCACCAUUAUUUAGAUCGCCUAAUCUGUCAGUAAUGCAGGAUGAUAGUGUGUACUCACCAUCAGCAUCGCCACGACCAUUUGCGAAUAAUUACAACUACUCCCCACACGCUACUGAGUCAGCCAUAUCAACGGAUAAUAGUAGAGCACCAUCACGACAAGGUGGUAGUGUGGGACUGGGAUUGGGUAUACAUGAUAUAUCGCACUCGCAGGGAAUGCCGGGAAUUCAAAACACACAGGUCACACAGGCCACGCAAGGAAUGCAUAAUACACAAGUCACACAAAGCCCACCAGGAUCACAAGGCUCACCAGGACUGUCAGUAUCUACAUACCCUCAAACGGAUAGUCCAUCUACACCGCAAGAUUUCGAGCUGCUGUCUGCGUCAUCUUGGCAUCAAAACGAUGAGAAGGUGUCAGAGCAAGCGACCUCCUCUACGACUUCUUUCGAUAGAACUAGGUCAUAUUCGCAAUUCAGUAGUACGUCGCCGUCGAUAGCUGCGACGUCGGUGACUACCUCAGCUGCGUCUUCUAAUGGCAGUGCUAACGUUAACAACUCCAAGCGUGGGAAGUUGUUCAGUAAAUUCAAGUCGUCGGGUAAAGAGGCGAAGGAUAGCAAAGGAAUUAGAGAAGGUAGGGAGAGUAGCGAGACAAGGACUAAAUCUAAGACGUCGAGAGAAGAGCUCUAUAAAACUAACUCCAAAGACACACCCUCUUUACACUCCUCGCAAUCUUCUAGCCAGAAUUCUGCCAACUCAAGCUAUUACAGUCAGGAGGGUAAGGAUGCGCGUAAGGUUAGAAAGGAAAAGGAAAAGACGAUGCAGAGACAGAGAGUCGAGGCUCAGAGAUUAAAGGCGAUGAAGAGGGACGGCAAGUUACGUCCUGUAUUGGGAGAACCAGCGCCAGCUAAAAAGAAAGCUUCAGAAUUUGACGCUUGGGGAUCAUUCUGUUAUUAG